CAGACAAAUAUUACUAACAUCAAACAACGGAAACCAUAAACUACAAGUGUUUGAGCAAUGAGUGCCCCUGAAGACACCACUGCAACCGCACAACUUGCUUCCGAUAACCAUCACCAGCAGAAUGUUGUGUCACCGUCAGCAGCUUCCACCUCCUCCACGUCCUCAUCUAUACCGGCAGCAGUAGUCGUAGCAGCAGGAGCAGCAGUAACCGCCGCAUUAUCCUCACCCCCAACACCAACAAAUGCCGGGUCGCCCACAGUUACCACGCUGAGUGCAGCAAUAACAGGGUCAGCACCAGACUCAGUUACCGGAAGCGGUAGUGGUGUUGUUGGUGCGUCUGCCAUUCUUCCCGCCAAUAACGGAAGCAAUAACAGUCACAGCAAAGAAGGCGUCGGUGCUGCCAGCAGCAACAGUACUGCGCCGGACAGUAACAACGGGAGCGUACCGAGCGAUGUACCUACCGAUGCUACUACAGAUGCGGCCAACAGCUGCGACUCUGAUAAGGCAGCAGCAGCGGCGACGGGUUUGCAGCAGCCGGUGGCCACAACGUCCAGCCCGUCUCGACCUGAUGAAGAAAUUUCUUCUGGCGUUGGUGGCUCGUCCGCCGACAUUCUGGCCUCAAUAGACCCCGGCUCGUCCGGUGGCACUUCAACACCGAUUGCGGGAGCAUCCCCAGCAUCGGCGACAGCAGGCGAAAUCGGUCUAACGAACCCGUUGUGUGGUGAUUCGUCGCUGUCUAGUGUCGUCCCAGCGGUUACAAAUGGGGGUGGUGGUGGAGCAAGUAAUUCAAGCGUACCUGUGUCAGCAGGUACCACGAUCUCGGUUCGUGGGCGCGGCGAUAUCACAGACAAAAACUCACUGGAAUACCACUGCCGGGUGCUGGAAGAUGAACUACAGUCCAUGAAGGAUUCCGAAGCAAAGAUCAAACAACAGUACAGCGAGUCUCAGCGUCGGGAACGCAUCCUUGCACGCCGGGUUGCGGUUCAGGAGCAGGAAAUGCAAGACUAUGCGAAACAAAUAGCGGAACUAAAAUCGGCCCAAGCACCAGGUCCGGCGGCAUUACGUUCGGCGCUGUUGGAUCCUGCUGUUAAUAUACUAUUUCAGAAGCUAAAGGCGGAGCUGCAGGCAACUAAGGCGAAGCUAGAGGAAACACAAAACGAACUAUCGGCGUGGAAAUUUACACCCGACUCGAACACUGGCAAGCGGCUGAUGGCCAAAUGUCGAUUGCUCUAUCAGGAGAACGAAGAGCUGGGUAAAAUGACUUCAAACGGUCGAUUGGCAAAGCUGGAGAGCGAACUAGCGUUGCAGAAGAGCUACAACGAGGAGGUAAAAAAAUCACAGCUAGAGUUGGACGAUUUUCUCCAAGAACUGGAUGAAGAUGUCGAGGGCAUGCAGGGUACGAUCGUGUUUCUGCAACAGGAACUGAAACAGACGAAGGAUUCGCGGGACGAAAUGGAAAAGGAGCUCGUACAGCUACGCGCCUACGUUGCCGCUAAUCUCGGUCCGUUCUCCGGCAGCGCAAAUAAUCCAACCAGUGGCAGCACGCCCACGGACGAGCGCAGUUCCUCGAUGAUGCUGAUGAUGGAAGGGCAGGACAGCAACAGUAACAAUAGCCACGGUCACGAUGCCUACCAUCAUCCGGACGGUGGCGGUCCGGAUACUAUCGGUGGUGGCGGCAUCGGAGUUGGUGAUAUGGGCGGUGGUGUUACCCCGAUCUAUCUAGUGAACGGUGGUGGUGGUGGUGGUGGAAGUGGUGGUAGCGGCAACACCGACGCCGGAAGCAGACUGGUGAAUAAAAGUUCAAGUAGUGGUGAUGAUCACGAGAUGAUGGUGUACAGCAAUCGGACGCACUGUGGUGGCGUAGUUACGAAUAGCAAAGAGUUACGAACUACACCGACAAUCGCCGACAGCACCAACACUACCAGCAGUGUUGCUGCAGCAGUGAAUGGUGGUGGUGGUGGUGGUAGUGGUUCGUCUGCAGGAAUCGCAGGAGUCACCAGCAGCAGCGGUGGUGAACCGUUAGUUAAUGAACUGAAAGAUCCGCUGUUGCCUAGUGUUGCUAGCAGUAGUAGUGAUGGCACCGGUCGAUCUAGUAGCGGAAACAAGGAUAGCAAUAGUGGUGGUUGCGUUGCCGAUGUCGACAACAGUGUGAAUAGUACUAACAGCACCAACAUCGGUGCUGCUCUGAAACAGCAUCCGGCGCAACAAAGACCGAGCCACAGUGUUGGUCGAAAUGGUGGACGAACAACAGUGGCCGCUAGGAAGCGCAAUUACGAUGAAACCGAGGUUGAUUCGGCAGGGUUGCUGCAGGCCGAAGGUAGUAGUGAUGUUGUCAAUAGUGGUGUGUUAGUGAUGGACGUUGGUGUUGUGGGGGGUGCGACCGAAAGUAGUGCUAGUAGUGCUGGUAGUUUGGCAAAUGGCAAACUAACGAUGAACGUUGCCGACGGUUCUCAUCUGAGCAUCGAGCAGCAACAUCCGGAUGUUGAACCGAACAGCAACAAACGUAUGACACGAUCGGGUAAGGGUAAAGCGAUGACCAUUGCACCAGCAACUGCGUCCGUUUUGUCCAGUUCCACCUCCUCCUCCUCCUCCUCUUCGUCAUCCGUAUCUGCGCCGAACGUGUUAUUGACAAGUGCGGCAAAAAAGCUUCGAAGAGGUUCCAUUGCUCCGGAUGACGAAGUUGAUCCGUUAAGCGAUGAGCCGCCUGCGCCGCAGCAACAGCAGCAACCACAGCAACAAACGAUAUCGUCGGCUAAUGGUUCGAACUAGGCUUGAAAGUGUGUAUGUUUGCGUAUGUGUUUUUUCGUG